AUCUUUUCUACUAAUCAUGCUUGUUUCUAGGUUACUAAUUUUCACACCUUGUCAUGGGUUUAUACCUAAGAUGCCUGAUAGAAAUCAUGAAGGUGAAUUGUCGCCCCGUGCCAAGGACUAUAUCCCUAAAGAGAAUAGAGAACUAGCUAGCUUUGUAAAAGAAGAUGCACUUAGUAAAUGUUGCAAUAGCCAUCCUGAACAGGGGAAAUGUUUGCCGGGUGAAGAUGACAUACCUCCUAAUGGCCAUUGUUACCUAUUUUGCAGCAGUUGUCCAAAAGGAGGCUUUUGCAAACGUUUCGGAGAUGGACAUCACGAGUGCCACUGUUAUUGUUGAUCUCAUCCAUACUUAGAAUCCUCAAGGGGAAAAAAGAAUAUGAAUAGAUCAUUAUGACUAUGCUAUUUGGAUCAAAUAUUAAAACUAUUUCUUAUUUCUCAGCAAUAAAAGAGUGAGGUUAUU